AUGCCUCGCCAACGCCGUGGCGCUGCUCCUACUCCCGCGCGCAGCGCUCCCACUCGUCCUACUGCACCCGCUCAGCCGGCUCGUGCGCCAUAUGGCCAGCAGCAGCAGCCUCACUCGACCGCUGCUCACCCUCCGGCUGCUUCUCAGGCUCCCCCAGCCCCAGCUCCCGCCCAGCAGAGCGCUGGUCCCGGUCUUUUCGGCCAGAUGGCUUCCACCGCUGCUGGUGUAGCAGUCGGUUCCUCCAUCGGCCACGCCAUAGGUGGUCUUUUCUCCGGCGGCGGCUCCAGCGCUCCUGCCGAGGCCCAGCAGGCCCCUCCUGCAGAGGCCCAGCCUAUGGACAACGGUCUCUGGCAGAGCAGCGCAACGAACAGCUCCUGGGAGACUCCCGCCUGCGAAACUGACAUCCGCAACUUCCGCAAGUGCAUGGAUGACAACCAGGGUAACAUGUCCAUUUGCGGAUGGUACCUUGACCAGCUGAAAGCUUGCCAGGCUGCUGCUAAGCCUUACUAA